UUUAUGACGCUAUAAACUAGAAUCAAUACGAAUACAACAAUUCCAUUUGAUUAAUUUUUUAUUAUAAUAUAUAAAAUGAAUUUGGUUGAGCAAUGUUUUUUGCUGCUAGCAGUAUUUGCAAGUGUGUCUUUCGGCGAGGAGAGAAAUAUUUCAAUUUCAACGUUUGACUUUAAAGAAGCGAAUGAUUCGUUAUGGCAACUUAUAAAGGAACCUUACAAAUUUACGAAAUUGAUAAAUGAAGAAAUACUCAAACAAUUUGAGGAUAAAGGAUAUGUACCAACCGAACGUCAACUCAAAAACUUAACUAAAUUUACAGAUGAUAUUAGGCAACUAAUUACAACAGUCCGGAAAUUACUAAAGGAUAUGUUACCACCCAUCAUCCAGAUUUUAUAUAACGCCGUUCUCAAUGUUAUACGAAGAAUAUUAGGAUCUGAAGCACAACAACACAUAAAAAGAAUUACUGACUUUUUGUCAGAGAUAUUCCAUUGGAAAUUGAAUUGAAUCGAUUUUGAAUCUUACAUAAAACUUUAUAAAUAAUUUCUUAAAUAAACAAUAUGUUGCUUUU